UAAAUAGUAAAAUCCAAGUUAGGGUGCCGUGUAGGAAACAAUCACUAAACCCUAAAUACAUCUUUAAAUAUUCUCUUCCUUCAAUUUUUUCUCAGGCUUUGAUCACCGAACCCUAGUUUCUCUCGAUCAUCGAAUCGCUUCUUCUUCUUUAGAUACUGAUCGAAUCGACAUGGCCAAAAACUCCUUCAAGCUUUCUAAUCCUCUGGAGGUGAGAAUGGCUGAAUCUACUCGUAUCAGAGAGAAGUACCAAGACAGAGUUCCUGUGAUUGUGGAGAAAGCUGAACAAAGUGAUGUUCCUGACAUUGACAAGAAGAAGUAUCUUGUGCCAGCUGAUCUAACCGCUGGACAAUUUGUGUACGUUGUGCGCAAAAGAAUUAAGCUCGGAGCCGAGAAAGCAAUCUUUGUCUUUGUCAAGAACACGUUACCCCCAACUGCUGCAUUGAUGUCUGCAAUCUAUGAAGAACACAAAGACGAAGAUGGGUUUCUCUACAUGACAUACAGUGGAGAGAACACGUUUGGAUCUUCCUGCUAAUAUGCUCUGAUUUGAUAGUUUGAUUGUAUAUUCGUUUUCCCCUUUAGCUUCUUUUCUUCUGAUUGGUCGACCUUAAUAAUGUCUUUUACUUUGUGGUUUUAUCUUCGGAGAACUCUCUUUCUCAAUGGAUUUGAAAAAAUAUAUCUUCAGUUAAUUUGAGACUCUGUUUACAUUU